AUGCGGUCGCUCAUGGUCUUAUGGCAUCCCCCUGAUGCACCUUGGGUGAAGCUGAACACUGACGGUGCCUUCUCUACAUUGACACUGGAGGCGGGGGAAGGAGGAUUGGUUCGUGGAUCUGAUGGAGGUCUUCUACGGGCCUUCUGUGCUCCGGUUGCUACAUCAUCGAGCUUUGAAGCAGAGCUUUUGGCUCUGAUUCGGGGUUUAGGGAUGGCUGUGGAGUUUUCUACUCACAUUUGGAUAGAGCUGGACUCAGCGGCUCUGGUUAGUUUAUUGUCAGCUGGACAUCUUGGCUCCGCAGAUUUUAGACAUCAUAUGGCUUUGAUCCGGAGCAUGACAUCUCAACGGCACGUUCGCUUCUCACACAUCUACAGGGAAGGGAACCUGACUGCCGACUUUCUGGCAGGUAGGGGGGUCCAGACCCCUGCCCUUACAUACUUUGAUCCAAUCUCUGCGCCUCGGUACCUAAAGGCGCUAGUUAGGAUGGACCUGCUGGGAUAUCCUAACUCCCGCUUCCGACAUAGAGACGUGGAUUGA